UGUAGCAGUCACACAUACUUCACCUGAGUGACGUUUCUACCUGUGCCACAUACACUUAACGCCGCCAUGAUGUAGUACAUUGACUUGUGGCUUGACGAGAGACAUUGUGUUUCUUGGUUCAACAAGAUCUACCUGCGGUGAAUUUAAUAAGGACACCUGCACUAUGGACAAUAGAGACGAAGAGCAAAACACUACAGGAACAGGAAGUACUACAGAGACAGGAAAUGCAACUAAAUCAGAAACGAAACUCGGAAACGAAGUUCCGGAACCAGAAUCCGAUAUGGUUAAUGAAGAAAAGAGAAGGUUUCGAUGCGCCAGAAAUAUGGUGACUUUUACACUAUCAUACGGGUGUUCGUCCUUGGUAACCAGCGCCUUAUCACUGUAUAUGUCAUCACAGAUUACUACGCUUGAGCGGCAAUUUGGUCUCAGUAGCGGAGAGAGCGGGAUCAUCCUCAGUUGUAAUGAUUUUGGAUUUUUACUGACUGUUCUUCUGUUUGGUCACUUUGGACCAAGAUUCCAUAUUCCACACCUUCUGUCUAUGGCAGUGCUACUUUACGGGGUAUCUGGACUAAUGUGUAGUCUGCCUCAGUUUGUCUCUGGCUUCAGUUUAACACCUAAAAGUAACAACAACGCGAAUUCGUCUGAGGACAGUUCUGUCAUCGCUUUGUGCCGAGUAGAAGGAAAUGUGCCAACCGAACCAUGCAGCUCGGAGGAAACAAAAAAUGCUGAGAGUAUAAAGUGGGUGGUCGUGUACUUGGGAAUCUGUCUUGGGAUACAGGGAGUUGGGAAAUCCCCUCGGUCUCCUCUAGGGACACUUUAUAUCGAUAACAACACAGAGAAGGGGAAAACAGGACUGUAUUUAGGAGUUACAACGGCCAUGGGAUUAAUGGGGCCUUUCAUUGCACUGAUGCUUGGAGGAAGUUUUGGAAAACUGCCCGUGGACUUGAAAGACACAACAAUGACACCAGAGGACUCCCGAUGGAUAGGAGCAUGGUGGCUUGGUUUCCUUCUUUUCGGAACCUUAUCACUUCUAGCAGCCAUACCACUAGCAACUUUUCCGCGAAGAUUAUCUUCAGCUCCAAGUGGUAAUGACAGCAGACAGGAUAGCAAUGGAAACACAAACAAGGAGUCAUUUUGUGACAUGAUAAAGUCCAUACCGAGAGGAAUUUACAAUGUUUUACGAUGUGCCGUGUUUGACAUAUGUCUGGCAGCCAUAUUGUGUCUGAUGUUCGGUGCGAUGGGGAAUACCAUUUUUGGCCCGAAAUACUUGGAAAAUCAGUUCAACAUCCCAACUUGGAAGGCUAAUAUGAUAUUAGGAGUUGAAAAGUUAGGGACGGGAAUAAUCGGAGUAUGUUUAGGCGGAUAUUUGACAUCACGCAUGCGCAUGAAUAGACGGAAGUGCCUGAAGAUGGUUGUCAUCCUCAGUUUCAUAACAACAUCUCUAUCUAGCCUCGAGUUCAUUUUUGGAUGUGAAAAUCCACCUAUCGGGGGAGUAAACAAGAAUCUAGUUCCGUCGGCCGUAGAGAGCUGUCACUGUGAUAACGUACCAUACCAGGCAGUGUGCGGGUCGGACGGACAAUCUUUCACCACACCUUGUCACGCUGGCUGCCAAAAUGUCACCGAAAAUCUGUACAGUGACUGUAAGUUUGUGUCGGGCGACCGAAAGGCAAGACCCGGGAUCUGUGACACCGGAUGUGCCUUCCUUAUUCCAUAUGUCGCCGUUUCCAUGGUUUCCACACUAGCUGCCACGAUGUCCAUUAUGCCAAUAUAUCUGGUAUUUUUAAGGUCGGUGCCGGAAGAAAGUCGAGCCCUGGCGUUAGGUAUUUUAUCGGCAGCAGUUGCCUUACUAGUAUUUAUUCCUACUCCCAUCGCUUUUGGAAAAAUUUACGACAGUGUUUGCCUUAUUUGGAAGUCCACGUGCGGAGUGCGAGGCGCGUGUGGCCUAUAUGACAUUGUAAACAUGCGCUAUCGGUUAGUUGCCAUUGACGUCGGCUGUCGCGCUUGCGCAUUUCUUCUCCAUAUGGUGGCGUUAUUUAUUGCAACUCGACAAGACAAGGACGAUGAUUCUGACGAAAUUAACAAAGAUACAGACAUGAACUUGAAAAGCAUCUAAAUCUAAAUAUUUUCAAUAUUCAUACCAAAGAAUUGAUAUAGGCUAUCAUCUAUUUUAUCAUAAUACUAAACAGUGAUAGUUAUGCCGAUCUUAUUUUCGCUUCCGUGGUACCUGUAUCCGGUGGCGUUAAUUCACGGUGGUUUUUAUACGUUUGCUCAUUUCUAGUCUUUUUAAAGACAUUCUAAAUGCUACUCUACAGUUUUUUUUUAUAUUGUUCUUUUAACGUGUAUAUUCUCGUCAACAUCAAGAAUGUCUCAUGAGGGAGAUUACUCAUAAUACAUUGAAAUGUAUCUAAGUAUAUACAUGUAUGUUUUUCGCUAAAUUGUUUGUUAAAUCUAUGACUAAUAAAGAUAUUUGAUUAUAUAUCGAUUAAGGGUCUAAAGUGUCCAUGUGAGAGUGUUUUCCAUUCUAUACUGAAUACCAAAGGAGUAAAGCUACGAAGGGGGUUAAAUGGCCCUGUUGUGGAGUCCAAUUUGAAAUAUAUAUAUGCUUCAAAUAUACCACCAUAAAACAUU